GCUAACUUCAGUCAAUAGUCAAUGUGUUCCGAUACUCAAAACAAAUACGCAGGCUGUAUGAAAUCAGUAUCCCCUUUGUUUAUGAUUGCUCUUUGACGCUAUCAACUAUUUUUCCUAGUAGAAUCCAAGUGGAUUGGCUGUCGGUUGCCUUAAAAAGCGUUUUUCUUCCUCCCUGUCCCACCCGAAGCCGGUUGUUGUCGCCGCGAUGGAAGUUGAUCGCGCCGCAUCCGAUUCGGAAAACGUGGCCGCGGAUGAGAAUGUGAAACAAAUCGCGGAUGGCGGCGCUGGGGACGCCACCGGCUCUCAUACGGAGAAACUAAGACGCAAAAAUAAAAAAUACACCCGCAGCAACAGCAAAGAAGGCACAAGCCCCGGCACCACACCUCUACCUAAGUAUCGCAGUUGGAAAAACAGCCGCCGGCCGCGCAAUGGUCACGGCAGGGGACUGCCAAAGAAAGGUGGUGCUGGGGGUAAGGGCGUGUGGGGUGUUCCUGGGUCUGAGCUGUUGGAGGAGUAUGUGGAGGACGCGAAUGACCCCAACUACGACUCCGAGGCCGUCAACGGUGACGUGGAGUUCAAGCAGGUCAUAGUGGAGGCCGAUCCUGAGGAUAUUGUGCGCAAAUCUGAACCGGUCAUCCUGGAGUACUUCGAGCAUGGUGACACUAAUGCAGCUGCUGAAGACCUGCUGGAGUUCGUCACAGCCUCCAGGAGUCACCUGGUCUGUGAAACAAUCAUCGAGAUAGCGCUUGACCACAAACCCUCACACUGUGAGAUGGCCUCCGUACUUAUAUCUGAUCUGUACGGCAGGGUGUUCUCUGCUAAGGAUAUAGCCUACGCGUUCGAGCGUCUGCUGGAGAAGCUCCCGGACCUGGUGCUGGACACGCCUGAAGCUGCUGUGCUGAUGUCCAACUUCAUAGCUCGCUGUGUCGCCGACGACUGCCUGCCGCCGAAGUUCGUGCAAUCCAAGACUGGGGCUGAUCUUAACUCGUCAGCCAGACAAGCAAUAAACAGGGCGGAGACUCUUCUGUCAAUGAAGCAGGGGCUGGUGAGGCUGGACAAUAUAUGGGGGGUCGGAGGUGGCAUCAGGCCGGUCAAAUCCCUGAUUCGUCAGAUCCAGCUGUUGCUGAAGGAGUAUCUUACAUCUGGGGACCUGGCUGAGGCGAUGCGCUGUGUCAGAGACCUGGAAGUUCCACACUUCCACCAUGAGCUGGUCUAUGAGACGGUGCUACUAGCGGUGGAAGCCAUAAACUCGAGCGUAGAGGAACAGCUCUGUACCUUCCUAGCCGAGCUGAGACGAUGUGUCAUCGUGACACCAGACCAGAUGGACAGGGGCUUCCUUCGUGUGCUGGAGGACAUGUCGGACAUAGUCCUGGACGUGCCGCUGGCCUACAUCAUGCUGGACAGGUUCGUGGAGCGCUGCCAGCUGAGGUUCCGUCUGGGGGACCACGUGCUGGCCAGGAUGCCCACCAGGGGCCGCAAGCGGUUCGUGUCUGAAGGAGAUGGCGGUCUGAUCAAAGACCACGCUCUCAAACUGAGGGAAUAGAAGACACGCGAGCACGCACACAGGCAAACACACACACACACACACACAUACAUACACACACACACACAUACAUACAGACAUAAACCACAUGCGAUAGAAGCCGGAGCAUUUAUUGUCAAAUAAAAUAGUACAUAAAGCCUCGUGUAACAGCUUUAGUAUAGUCUGUGGCGUGUUGGCGCCAACUCUGACGUUUUGACGCCAUGCUGUCUCCCAGCUGAUUGGAAGUUUUGUAAUCCUGUAGGUUUUUUUUUUAAUUUUCCCAAAGCGGCGAGCGUCGCGUCUGUUUUGAUUCGUCCGGAAAUGGAGAUGUUUUUUUUUAUUUUCGGCUAAAAAGGUGUUAUAUUCGAAUGUCAUUUAAAUAAUAAAAAAAAGUAUUUCUUUACGUGUCUAGUUAAUUAUAAUGAUUUUUUUUCUUGCUACUUAUAUAGAAAAAGAAAUAUUUUGUAUGUCAAAUAUUUUUUAUUAUCUGUAUAACAUCGGUUUAAAAGAAGCUCCUUAAGCUAUACGCUAACGAUGGGUUCGAAACUCAACACGGACAGUUAGCUGUAUAUUCAACAAUCUCACGUGAUAUUAUUAGUAUGAAUGAACUGCAAACUGUCUGUAUUGAGUUUACGGGCCCGUACUAAGGAUAAAAUCCAUGACGCAGUGCCAUGUGUUGUUGCUGUCGACGCUCGCGCUUUAAAAUGUUAGGUCGUUUCAGUAACUGUGUAUUUUAACUCCUACUCAUAAGUUAAUUUGAACCCUUAAUGUUUUACCAAAUUGAACAUUUGGUCCGAGAGAUGGCGUUUGCAUUCCUUCAUAAACAAUUCGCGGUCAAUUAAGAAGAAUUUUAGAGGAAAAGUUUUAAAAAAAAUGAAAAAUAUCUCAUUGGAAAUUAUUUAAAUUAUGAUUCAGUAAUAAAUUGAGUUUAUGCAGUGGCUAGCUAGUUCUGGCACAGGAAUAAGGCCCUGUUGAAAACUUGUGGUAGGGAUGUGCUACCGAGUUGUGUGCGAGUGUGUGCAAGCGGCAUUAUACUACACAUAAUAGUGACGUUCGACGAACGAAAUACAAUAGGAGCCUUUAUUACAGAGGUUGAAAGUUCAAUGUGAGAGGGCCUUUAUUACAGAGGCCGACCGGUCAAUGUGAGAGGGCCUUUAUUACAGAGGCCGACCGGUCAAUGUGAGAGAGCCUUUAUUACGCGCUGGAAAUGUUCUAUAGGAGCCUUUAUUACAGAACCAAAUGUUUUAAUUAGAGCCCUUCAUUAAUACAAAACAUUAAGGAGUCAAACGGGACGAGUCCUCUCAAUGCAUGGUACUAGACCCGAGCGUUGUCUGUGCUGGCCGGCGGGCGGUGUGUUCGUUUCAUUUAAUUUAACUCGUUACAAAAAGCUGACACGAGUAAUUAAUUUAGGACUUAGUGGCGUUUAAAAGCAUUAUACUUGAAUAGUUAGCCGUCGACGCCAUUUUAAUUGUCUUGUGACAAGCAUCGCUGUCUCGGUUGUGUAAGUGAGUGACGAAGUGACACCAAGACAACUCUGUUGAAGCCACAAACGUGUGUAUAUAUUACUUUGAGGCAGAUAUUAUAUAUGUUCAAGUAAA